GCGGUGACAGCGAGGUUAUGAAGUGUGCACGGCUUUGCGUGUCCAUCUACCGGCGCCCGCGACAUGAUACGAUACGCGUGUUCGUAAGUCAAUCAAUGCUAUAUGCGUUAGAUCGCUCCUCGAAUCCUGUGAGACGUGACCGUCCCGAGCGGCCGUACCAUCGUCUCAUUGCUGUUUGACGGGUAUCCGCACUUUCGCACAUGACCAUGUUACCGCGUCAACGCGACCUCACGCAUGUCGUCCCGAGCUUCGCUCAUAUAUAAAGCAAGCAUAGCAGCCGGAGAACCUCCGCUAAGCUCACGGUCCGUUCCUCGACAUCGCUGCGGCUCUGAAGACUUCUCUGUUGCAAAUACUCGUCGGACGUCGAGUAGCAACAUGACAAUUCUACCGACGAAGCUGGGCGUGAACGGCCUGCGCGGGACCGCGCUCGUCGCGAUGCUCACCUCGGUCUGCUCGACCGGCUUCUGCCUCUUCGGCUAUGACCAGGGCGUCAUGUCCGGCGUUGUCGUCUCCAAGUACUGGCUCGACCAGAUGGGCAACCCCAGCACGAUCAUGGUCAGCACGAUCACCGCGCUCUACGACAUUGGCGCGAUCGUCGGCGCGAUUGCGGCGGCGUUCACGACCGAGCCGCUCGGGCGGAAGAGGACGCUCAUCAUCGGCGCGACGAUAUUGCUCGCUGGGACCAUCCUGAUGGGUAGCUGCGUCGAAAGGAUCCAGAUGAUAGUCGCCAGGAUUCUGACCGGGAUAGGCGUCGGAUACAUUACUUCCGUGACGCCCGUGUACCAGAGCGAAGUGACGCUGCCGGAGCAUCGCGGGUGGCAGCUAUGCUGCCAGAUGUCUUCGAUGCUUUUCGGGCUGAUGAUCGCGUACUGGAUCAACUACGCGUUCUUCUUCUACGACGGACAAGUGCAGUGGCGCUUCCCGCUGCUGUUCCAAUGCGUCUUCGCGAUAUAUGUUAUUUUCGUGACGAUGUUCAUGCCCGAGACACCUCGAUGGCUGAUGCGGCAUGAGGCUAGCCCCGCGAGAGGUAUUGAGGUCCUGGCGAGGCUGAGGAAUUUACCCACCGACCACGAGAUCGUGGUUAAGGAGGCACAGGAGAUUUUAGAUGCGCUCGAGCUGGAGAGCAAGGAGGAGGGUACUUGGGGCGACCUGUUCAAGAGCGGCGGCAUCUCCGCGAACAGGCGGUUCUACCUCGCUCUCGGGAUUCAGUUCAUGCAGCAGCUGACGGGUAUCAAUAUCGUGACGUACUACGCCCCAACGCUCUUCGAGUCCAGUCUGGGUAUGUCGCAGCAAAUGGCGCUCUUCCUCGGGUGCUGGCUGCAAGUGUGGUACAUCAUCGCGUCUUUCGUUACGUGGUACACGAUCGACCGCGUCGGACGCCGCAAGCUGUGGCUCAUCUUCGCUGUAGGCCAGGCGGUCGUGCUCGUCCUUGAGGCCAUCUGUGUCGCAGUCGACACCCCAAGUGCGAGCAUCGCGGCAGUGUUCUUCGUGUUCUUGUACGAGGGAUUCUUCACCUGGGGAUGGAUGGGGACCGUGUGGGUCUACCCCGCUGAGAUCCUGCCUCUCAAGAUCCGCGCAAAGGGUGCUGCACUCGCCGCUGCAGCCGACUUCCUCGGCAACUUCCUGGUCGUCGAGAUAACCCCGCCUGCGCUGGACAACAUCAAGUGGCGAACGUACAUCAUCUUCGCGGUAUUCAACCUCGUCAUCGCCGCGAUCGUCUGGGCGUGCUACCCCGAGACGUCCGGCAUCCCGCUCGAGUCGAUCGACGAUAUGUUCCGCGCUGAGCGGAGCGAGACGUCGAGCGAGGUCGAAGCCGUUAAAGGAAGCUGGACGAGCGCCAUCCAGUGGAGUGCUGUGCCGAGAGCAGAUGCCGCUGUGCAGCGGGCCAGGGCAGAGAGGCGCACUAGGGCAAUUGGCUGCGGUGCAGUGGAGGAAGCCGCUAUUCCCAGUAGUAGCGCAUCUGAUACGGAUGAAAAGGCGGCGGAGGUGAUUGUGGAGGAUAGGGAGAAAGUGGCUGAGCAGAGAGUAGAGAACGUCAUGGCAUGAACACGUAGCCUCAUCGGAUUGUGAACGUUCUAGUUAACGUUGUGUCUGGGAGUUGUACAAUAGAUGCUUGUAUCAUCGGUCAAUGAAGGAGGGCUGCUUAUACCCAUUCUCAGAAUCAUUGAC